AUGGACCUAUACAAUGAUAGUAAGGAUGCUAAGAAUGAUAGUAAGAAUUGUAGGAAUGAUGCUAAGUAUAAUAGUAAGAAUUGUAGGACGGACGCUAAGAAUGAUAGUAAGAAUUGUAAGGAUGCUAAGAAUAAUAGUAAGAAUUGUAGGACGGACGCUAAGAAUGAUAGUAAGAAUUGUAAGAAGGAUGCUAAGAAUGAUAGUAAGAAUUGUAGGAAUGAUGCUAAGAAUAAUAGUAAGAAUUGUAGGACGGACGCUAAGAAUGAUAGUAAGAAUUGUAAGGAUGCUAAGAAUAAUAGUAAGAAUUGUAGGACGGACGCUAAGAAUGAUAGUAAGAAUUGUAAGAAGGAUGCUAAGAAUGAUAGUAAGAAUUGUCGGAGGGUGCUAAGAAUGAUAAAUGAUAGUAAGAAUUGUAAGGAUGCUAAGAAUAAUAGUAAGAAUUGUAGGACGGACGCUAAGAAUGAUAGUAAGAAUUGUAAGAAGGAUGCUAAGAAUGAUAGUAAGGAUGCUAAGAAUGAUAGUAAGAAUUGUAGGAAUGAUGCUAAGAAUAAUAGUAAGAAUUGUAGGACGGACGCUAAGAAUGAUAGUAAGAAUUGUAAGGAUGCUAAGAAUAAUAGUAAGAAUUGUAGGACGGACGCUAAGAAUGAUAGUAAGAAUUGUAAGAAGGAUGCUAAGAAUGAUAGUAAGAAUUGUAAGGAUGCUAAGAAUAAUAGUAAGAAUUGUAGGACGGACGCUAAGAAUGAUAGUAAGAAUUGUAAGAAGGAUGCUAAGAAUGAUAGUAAGGAUGCUAAGAAUGAUAGUAAGAAUUGUCGGAGGGUGCUAAGAAUGAUAAAUGAUAGUAAGAAUUGUAAGGAUGCUAAGAAUAAUAGUAAGAAUUGUAGGACGGACGCUAAGAAUGAUAGUAAGAAUUGUAAGAAGGAUGCUAAGAAUGAUAGUAAGAAUUGUAGGAAGGAUGCGAAGAAUGAUAGUAAGAAUUGUAAGGAUGCUAAGAAUGAUAGUAAGAAUUGUAAGGACGCUAAGAAUAGUAGUAGGAAUUGUAAGAAGGAUGCUAAGAAUGAUAGUAAGAAGGACGCUAAGAAUGGAAGUAAGAAUUGUAAGAAGGAUGCUAAGAAUGAUAGUAAGAAUUGUAAUCGGACGGACGCUAAGAAUGAUAGUAAGAAUUGUAAGAAGGACGCUAAGAAUGAUAGUAAGAAUUGUAAGAAGGAUGCUAAGAAUGGUAGUAAGAAUUGUAAGAAGGAUGCUAAGAAUGAUAGUAAGAAUUGUAAGAAGGAUGCUAAGAAUGAUAGUAAAAAUUAUAAGAAGGACGCUAAGAAUGAUAGUAAGAAUUGUAAGAAGGAUGCUAAGAAUGAUAGUAAGAAUUGUAAGAAGGAUGCUAAGAAUGGUAGUAAGAAUUGUAAGAAGGACGCUAAGAAUGACAGUAAGAAUUUCAAGAAGGAUGCUAAGAAUGAUAGUAAGAAUUAUUGUAGGAAGGAUGCUAAGAAUGAUAGUAAGGAUGCUAAGAAUGAUAGUAAGGAUGCUAAGAAUGAUAGUAAGAUUUGUAGGAAGGAUGAUAUAGAAUGA